CCGCCAAAAGGUUCGAUGAAAAAAAAGUUUUUAUUUUAUUACACAGCCCCAGCCCCAGACUGCACCUCGCCUCUUGUCACCGGACCAUGCAGAGCCUCGUUCCAAGUUUACGGCUACGAUCCUGACAGUGGAUGCAAAAAGUUCAUCUAUGGAGGAUGUGGAGGAAACGGCAACCGUUACAACACUCUAGAGGACUGCCAAGCUGCUUGCGAGAGUGACUGCAACAAAUAACGAGACGCAAGCAAUCAAUUGGGUAUUUGACAGCACAGUCAAUUGACAUACUUUUUUCAAACUGUCAAAACGCACCAUUCCCUAUUUUUCACACUUUUGCUAAGUCAGCAAAAGUGUGAAAAAUAGAGAGGGAAGCUAAGUUAGUAAUGCUAAAUUUGCUAAGUGGUGUCUUGUUAUUAUAGUGUCAACUACCCAAUGAUAAUAAGAAUAAGAAUAAGAAAAACUUUAUUUGACACA